AGGCUUUGAGGUAGUCGGACAACCAUUCCGAUGCACAACCUGUAGGAAAAUGGUUAGCAAAGCUAAUACUUAACGACAUAACAUUGUUUCUGUAAAUAAGGCAUAAAUACCAUAGGUAAUUGAUGUACCCUUGUACGCAAAUACGAAUAUGCUUUAUAUCUGAUAAAUAAUGAUUGGGAAAACAACACCGCUGAGCAAGUUACAAACGACUUGCUGUAACUUCACCCAGUGAAACAAGAAGGCUGUUGUGAUGUCUGAGCUCAAACCCCCUACCCCAACCCCGGGUGACACAUACAAGGGUUGGCUCUUCAAAUGGACUAAUUACAUUAAAGGUUACCAGAGGCGCUGGUUUGUUCUCAGCAAUGGAUUGUUGUCUUACUACAGGACUCAGGCGGAAAUGGGUCACACAUGCAGAGGCACCAUCAACUUGGCCACAGCAAACAUCACUGUGGAGGAUUCAUGCAAUUUUGUCAUUUCCAAUGGUGGGGCACAGACCUACCACUUGAAGGCCAGCUCAGAAGUGGAGCGCCAACGAUGGAUCACUGCUCUGGAGCUUGCCAAAGCAAAGGCUGUCCACAUGCAGGCAGAAUCAGAUGAAUCUGGUGAUGACUGUCCUGAAGUUCCCCCAUCAUCAGGACAGGGCGGAGGCUGUCGAAACUCUGAAAUUCAGUCCACAUUACGCACUCUGACCAGCAAAGUUGAGGACCUCAGUACCUGUAACGAUCUCAUCGUUAAACACGGUUCUGCCCUCCAAAGGUCCUUAUCAGAACUGGAGGGCCUGCGUGCUGUAGGGGACAUGGGGGAGAAGGUCAGACAAGUCACAGAGAGGGCCACGCUUUUCCGAAUCACCUCAAAUGCUAUGAUUAAUGCAUGUAGGGACUUUCUCUCCCUGGCCCAGAGCCACAGUAAGCGCUGGCAGAAGGCUUUACAGACUGAAAGAGACCAGAAGAUACGUCUGGAGGAGACGCUGGAACAGCUUGCCAAACAGCACAAUCACUUGGAAAGAGCUUUUAGAGGAGCCACAGUUCUUCCGCCUCUGUUCAGCAAUCCCACUUUAGGCACUAAAGGAGGUGCAUCCGUAAAAGGGGAUGCCAGUGAUGAGGACGAUGACAACGAGUUCUUUGAUGCAAUUGAAGACCCAGCAGAAUUCAUUACUGUCCCUGCAGACCCGAAGUACCACAGGAGAUCUGGCAGCAACAUCAGUGGGCUCAGCAGUGAGACCGGAUUGGACGAUCAGUCGUUUGAUGAACUUUCUUUGGCUUCCAAUCCGGAGUCUCCUCAGCCUCUGGAGCUUGAGCCUGUCAGACAAAGACGGACCCGUAUCCCUGACAAGCCCAACUAUUACCUCAACUUGUGGAGCAUCAUGAAGAACUGCAUUGGAAAAGAGCUCUCAAAGAUACCUAUGCCUGUACAAAACCUAUUCCUUUAUCACUUUGCUCUUUUUAAGGUGAAUUUCAACGAGCCCUUGUCGAUGCUGCAGCGCCUGUCUGAAGAUCUGGAGUACUGCGAGCUCCUGGAUAAAGCUGCAAAAUGUCAUAACUCUCUCGAGCAAAUGUGUUAUGUGGCAGCUUUUACAGUAUCUUCUUACUCCACCACUGUUCACCGCACAGGAAAGCCGUUCAAUCCACUGCUGGGAGAAACUUUUGAGCUUGAUCGGCUCGGAGAGUGCGGUUACCGCUCACUAUGUGAACAGGUGAGUCAUCACCCUCCUGCUGCUGCACACCAUGCCUUCUCUGAAAAGGGCUGGACCCUCAGACAGGAGAUUGCAUUGGCCAGCAAGUUUAGAGGAAAAUACCUCUCUAUUAUGCCACUGGGUUCUAUCCAGUGCAUAUUUGAAAAGAGCAACAACCAUUACUCCUGGAAAAAAGUUACCACAACAGUACACAACAUUAUUGUUGGGAAAUUAUGGAUUGAUCAGUCAGGGGAGAUAGAUGUGGUGAAUCACAAAACAGGAGACCGCUGCCAUCUCAAAUUUGCUCCCUACAGUUACUUCUCCAGAGAUGUACCAAGAAAGGUUACAGGAGUAGUGACAGAUAAGGAUGGAAAGGCUCACUAUGUGCUGUCAGGAACCUGGGAUGAGAAGAUGGAGUUCUCCAGAAUCAUGCAGAGCAGUAAAGGCGAGAACGGCACUGAAGGCAAACAGAGGACUGUUUAUCAGACCCUCAAAGCUAAAGAAAUCUGGAAAAAGAACCCAUUACCAGAAGGAGCAGAGAGCAUGUACUACUUCUCCAUGCUUGCCUUGACUCUGAAUGAACCCGAAGAAGGAGUGGCGCCCACCGACAGUCGGCGCCGCCCUGAUCAGCGGCUGAUGGAGGAAGGCCACUGGGAUGAAGCCAACGCAGAGAAACAGAGGCUUGAAGAAAAACAGCGCUCCACCCGACGAGAGAGGGAAAGGGAAGCUGUGAAAGCAGUCAGCAUACCUGAGGAAGCUGCCCAUCCAGACAACUACCAAGCACUGUGGUUCGAGAAGACAGAUGAUCCUGUGUCCGGAGAGACGAUGCACGUCUACAAGGGGGGCUACUGGGAGGCGAAGGAUCAAGGGGACUGGCACAUGUGUCCAGACAUCUUCUGAUUACAGCUGAAUCGUGGUCAGAUCAUGUGCAAAUGAAAAGAUUGGUAAGCACCGCUCUUCCUUAUGUCAGAGGAAUCAAGCCUGACAUCAACCAAGCCUGAGUGUCUGUAGCUUCAUCUGAUCACCCUCUCCUGAAGGAUCAGGGACAUCUGGACUUCAACCCCAAAACUCCGUGUAGCAUUUCAAUGACAAUGCUGCCGGCUAGUGUUCACAACUCCUUUUCACUGCCUCUCAAACACUGAUGUUUUUCCUCUGCUUGCUGCCAGUUUAGGGUUCUGUGGUCCAACUGUUUUUGUAAUAUUUCUGCGUAAAACGUACUGUGGAAACAUAAUUUUACAUUUUCUAUAAAUUCACAUUUGUGAGAGGCAUAAUUUAUCCUUGUGAUUACAACAUGAGAGUCACUUCAGUAGGCCUUUACAAAUAGUUGAUGCACUACUUCUUGUUGUGCAUUUGUAGUUUGGAUUAUAUUGCAGUGAAUAGAUUGGAGCACAGCACCUCUGCAAAACAAAUAUUAAUCAUACCCAGGGUUUGGAAACAUCCAGACCAGGAACACUAAGUGCAGUUUGCCUUUUAAUUUCCAGUGAUUUGUGGUGCUUCUCUAUUCUCUGAAGAGAAAAACCAACUCUUGAGAUUUACUUAAUCCACAUAUUAGCCUUUUCAAAAUAGUUACAUCCCCUUGUCCAUUUGGACACGAGUGAUUUUUUAAAAACUCCUUAUGCAUCCUCCAGAUUUUUUUUAAAAAUUUGUUUGUAGUGACUAAUUCCAACUAGUUUAUUUUGUUCUGUAAACUCUAACUUGUUCUCUGUGAAAUCAUAAGAGUGAGUUUUAAAUGUUUACCUAAUUUAUUCCAUAUUUACUUUGUGUAGAGUUACAAUAAAGUUUAAUAUAUUUCACUUUAUAUUUUGGAAUUAGUGAGGAAACAGAUAAUAAUAUUGCCUGCAAUGUGUUGUAAAUCAUCGUCCAUUUGGUCUUUUUGUUUAUUUUUUGUAUUCAAAAAUUCACUGAAAAGACUGAAGUUGUGGGUCAUUAAGUCUAAGAGCCUUGCUAGAUAAAACUGCUCCAACCGAUGCAAAAAUAAUAAACUCACUCCAGUGUGUAUGUGCAGCAAUAAACCCUGAUUCUCUCCAUCAAAUGUUUUUUGUCUGGUGUCAGACACUUUAAGUAACAAGUGAAAGCUGUUCAUGUCAUGCGAAUAGCUGGCUUUGAAUACAAAGUUGUGCGUAAAUUAGAUUACAUUUUUGUUCCUUUGUUUUGCCUUCACAAUCUCUUCAAAUUUACUGAUCAUAGCUUUACUCUUAUUUAAAGAUGCUUCAGUGUUUGUGUACUGAACUGAAUUGUGUACUGCCUCUACUCAUACACAAGGCACAAGAUGAAAUGUGAGUGUUCUGUGUGGAGAGAGCUCUAAAGUUGUAAAACCUGAUUUGUUUUGCUUUCUUUUUUGUCUUUGUGUUUACCACCGUUUCGUGUGCUGAGUGGAAAACCAUGUGGCUGAUUUGUGGAAAAUACAAAAAUCAAGUUGAUUUUUCACAUCGAAGUGUACUUAAGAGCACAACAUAAUCUCGCAACUACUUCCACUUAAAUGGGUUACAAAGAGGAGUAAAUAUUGUAUUAGCUGUACUCAAUGACGGAUAAUCUAAAAGCAGAGAGGCACUUUGAUGAUUUUCGCGUUGUUGUUCUCUGAUAAAGUUUGACACUGCAAAAUUUGCCUGUACCAACUAGAAAGGCUUAUCUAUUAAACCGAUCUUCCCCACCGUAGUCCUGUUCCACUCAACCCUUGCUUUAUGCAGCAUUAAAACAGAUGUCCAUUUAUUUUUUAAUGAAGGAGUUUUUAGGUUUCUGUCUUUCAUGUUAUAUUAUAUACUAAUCAUUAUUUAUGUUUGUUGAGAAAGUGGUUUUAAUUGUGUGGCACCAUUAUUCAGUGCGUGUGUUCUAUCUUUGUAAACCUUUUAUUUUGCUCCCAGUGUGAGGACUAACCCAAAUCCACUGUCCACAGUGCAAGGGCUUCUGAUAUGUCUCAGAAAGGGGUUUGAGAUGUUGUUGCACUUUAGUAUACUAGUAUACAAGUUAUAUGAGAACUGGUAUGUCUAAUAAAUGGACAGUUUUUAUGAUGGUUUCUGAAUAAUUGGUUAAUUUAAGAGAUUUUUUUUAAGCUCCAAAUUCAAUAACUGUAAAUAUAUGCUUAGAUUUGCAACUCUGAGCAUAUAUUUAACAUAUAUGUGCAUAUGUUCCCUGUCUUUUUAAUGACGUUAUUUUAGCCAGAUUCCUCAAUAAAAUGACAGUUUUCAAAUCUGGA